UCAUAAAAUCAAAAACAAAAGAUCAUAAAUAAAUUUGUGUUGAGUUUUUCUUAAAAUUAGAUGUAAAUCAUUCAAAUUUUGGUACUCAAGAAGUUUUUUUUGUUGUGCCAAUAGUUUGUCAAGCAGAAUAUAUACGAGUUUGUUCAACUAAAGUCGAUUGUAUUUGAUUUUGGUGCUAUCCUACUACCAACAGCUGCUAACACUGAAUCAAUAUAAAAACAAAACUUCUGAUAACGAAUGUGUGAUAAUGAGCUACUGAUAGGAUUUACCAAGAGUACGUUAUUGCAAUAAGGAAUUCAGUCAUCCUGUCGAAAAGAUGCAGAUCCACCCCGUGAGUAGUUCGUCGUCUAUCAAUGGUCUGGCAAAAGCGUCGUCUACUUCAUCUCAUCCGGACAGCGAAAUGAAGAAAUUGUGCCGAAUUAUUGCUCAUAAUAGGAGCUUUAAAGACGAAGAUUUACUUUUGAAUCCAAAGGAUCAUCCGGAGCUGAAAUUAAAGGACAUCGUUGAAAUUUACGACCCGGAAGACGAUGGAGUUCGAUUGCUGCUGCAGGUGACUUGUCUUACGGAAGACUUGAUGAAUAGGGAAACCAUCAGUGUCGAAGCGAACGUAGCACUAGCUUUCAAUUUGAAGCCUUACAAAGAUGUGUAUAUGCGCAAGAUGGACCCCAAUGAAGUGGCCUUGGAUUCGGUGGAGAUUACUUUUAAAGAUCAGUACAUGGGUCGGUCUGAGAUGUGGAGGCUUAAGACGUAUCUGACGAACACUUGUGUUUAUUUGAACAAAAAAAUCGAAUACUGCGAGAGCUGCAUCCGUUGUCAGGUGUAUGAGAUGUGGUCACAGGGUGACAGAGUGGCAUGUGGAGUCAUUACAGAAGACACCAAGGUGGUUUUCAGAAGUAAUACUUCAAUGGUUUAUCUGUUCAUUCAAAUGUCGUCGGAGAUGUGGGACUUUGAUAUCCAUGGUGAUUUGUAUUUCGAAAAAGCGGUAAACGGCUUUUUAGCCGACCUGUAUACGAAAUGGAAAAAGAUCGGCAGUAAUCAUGAGGUGACAAUUGUGAUGUUUUCAAGGACUUUUUAUGCAGCUCGGUGCCUCGAUGAGUUCCCACUCCAUAUGAGAGAUUGUCUACAGAUGGACUAUAAAGGUCGAUACUACGAGGAUUUCUAUCGCAUCGCGAUACAAAAUGAACGUUGUGAUGACUGGAGUUCAACGUUGGUUCAGUUGAGGCGUCUUUUUACUGGCUAUAGGGACGUUGUUCUGAAGUAUCACGAGCGCCCGGAUGUGGACAUAAAAAUCCCAUCCGCAAUCAAUUCUACAGCAGCACAAGGAAAUUUCUUAGAAGUACUGAACAUAUCGUUGAACGUUUUUGAAAAACAUUAUCUGGACAGAAGCUUUGAUCGCACGGGACAACUUUCGGUUGUUAUUACACCGGGGGUUGGCGUUUUCGAAGUUGAUCGGGAGCUUACCAACAUCACGAAACAACGAAUCAUAGAUAAUGGAGUUGGGAGCGAUUUGGUUUGUGUCGGAGAACAACCGCUCCAUGCCGUUCCGUUGUUGAAAUUCCACAACAAAGAUUCACUGACAUCAAUCGAUGAUUACUCCAUGCCUCAUUGGAUAAAUCUUAGUUUCUAUUCGACUAACAAAACAGGAGGAUACUCAUCGUUCAUACCACGCAUUAAGCCACCGCCGAUUGUUUCCGAAGCCAAUCUUUGUGAGAACGCAGAUGCAUUUCAAUCACUGCUGCCAAAGAAAGAGAGUAAAAACGAGUAUAUUCACAAUUGUUUGUUCGACUAUGAUGCUUACGACGAUCAAAUUUUUCAACUGCCUUCGGUUCAGGGAACUUGUUCGCUGCAACGUGUCGGUCGUACCAAGAAAACUUCUGUCCCUAGCCUGGAUAACUUUGGAACAUAUGGAAAUACCCGGGAAUGGGAGAAUAUGUUGUUCCCUUGUGAAUUGCGGCGGAAAAUGUCCGAUCCGGAUAUUCACCACAACACGAAUAACAUGUUGAAUAUGAGUCUCACGUCCAACAGCAGCUCGCCAAGUGCAACAGAGAAGAUCAGCGAUAAGAAUAUGAAUCGGAGUUUCGGAUCGACCAGUGGACCGGUGGUUAGAACAGGAAGAGCAUUGAUCAAUCCUUUUGAUCCGUCCCAUGUCACUAUCAAACUAACGUCCAACAGGAGGCGGUGGACACAUAUCUUUCCCAAGGGCCCUCAGGGUGUUCUUAUCCAGCAACAUCACUAUCAGGCUGUACCGACGACAACAAAGUCCACCAACUAUGCAACGUUCGAUUUGGAUUCCAGCAGUGAAUAUGCGCAUACUUCUACAUGCACGUGGGGUCGAGGAAGGUAUGGAAGCAAUGCCUCAUUCGAUAGUCGUUUGAACGAUGAAGACCUAAAAUGGAUUUCGGAUAAUAGAGGGAAUCGUCGGAAAUCUGGGUUGCACUCAGCUGCCGGUCCAACGGUGACGGUUACUCCUUCCAAAAGCCUCACUUUACUUUGGGGUGUAACAGGGGAGCAAGAAUGGACCCCAUCGCUCACUACAGCCGGACGAGUGAUCAUAGGUGUCGAUUGGAAAUCGUUAACCAUUCCCGCAUGUCUACCGAUAACAACCGAUUAUUUUCCGGACAAACGGUCGCUUCAUAACGAUUACGUUGUUUCGGAUUAUACAUUACUUCCGGAUGACGUGAAUGCUGACUUCGCUCAAAACCGUGCCAUUUACAAAAAACCACUAUCAACGGAAGAAGUUUUCAGGGAACUGGUAUCUCAGCGUUUAGCUCAGGGUUUUCAACUGAUCGUGUUACCCGACAAAACAUCGACGAAUCCACAGCAAGCUCCAUGCUGUGGUGGUCAACUGCAAACAUCUUUUCAGUCAAGCGUGUUAAGAAUUCGUCCGCCACAAGAGCCAUCCCAAGAAUAUUUGUUAUCGAUUGGCAGAAUAUUCCACAAAAUAUCUUUGAGUGGAUCGAAUAUAACUGUCACUCGAUAUCGGCCAAGGCAUCCUUACCCACCGAUAAAUGUUGACUACCGAUAUCGUUUUCAUGCUCCACAACAUGAUACCUACGAAGUAUCCGGUGUCAAUUUCACCACAGAAAAGUUGGAAAAUUUCAAUUGGAAUUAUAUGGACCAAUAUAUUUGCACUCGUGGUGAUACCGAUUUCCAGAUGCUUGAGAGUAUGAAGUAUUGGCGCUACCGAAUGUACCUCCUUCCCAAAGAAGAUCCUGCCAUGAAGAAAAUAAUGGAAGGAGCGACCAAGCGGUGCGAUAUUUACACAGAAAACAAACCAAUCCCAUCCGAAAAACAUGUAUGCAAUGAGUUCAUAAAGUUUGUGGAGUUACAUUUGAACAAGAUCAAAAAGGUUCCUUGUAGAAAACCGAGGGGCCCGCCAUCCCACCUGACCAAAAGACGACACAGCACCAGCAUAAUCUCUCGUCCACCACCUAAUCAGCACGGCAUUGUGAAUAAAAUGUUUUAUAUUGGUAAUGGAUAUGAUUCUAGUGCUAACUACUCCUAUCAAGAUCGCAAUAAUAACAGUAAUGGUAACAGCAUGCUAACACGGUCAGGAUCUAAGGUGCUGGACAAGGCAAACAUUCAGGCAGCAGCACAGCAGUUGAGUGCGGCGGGCGGAAAAACCACUGUGGAUGGAAUAUCUUUGUCGACGCUAAACUCACCUGCGGAACAAGGUCUACCGGAAGACAGCGAUGAUUUUUGCAUCGAGGGUAGCAAACAGCUGAAACCUACUGCCACACUGCAGGAAAUAUUCGACGCGUUUAAAAAUCCCAUCCACGGGGUUGGUUUCCUGGGACCGGCGCCAAGCAUGCCGUCCUGCACGUUUGUCUCGUAUGACGCAAUAACGUGGCUGCAAGAACACAUCGAGGGGCCGUGCAAUCCAAUUGAAAUUCUUGAAGAUAUGAGGAGGAACCGGAUGAUCUGCCAUGCUUCAGGAGAAUAUUCUAAACCAGUGAUUCCAGGAUUUUACCUCUAUUACAUAAUGCAACAAAACAAAGAGUCUCGAGAUUAUCUGCCGCCCCUCGGUGAUUUAGAGGCCUUUGAAAAUGAAUGGAUGGAAGUGGAAGUUCAACACCCUGACUUGCAGAAACCGAUUGAUCCAAUUGAUGUUGGUGUGCCUCCGUUUCUUCGAGAAACUAUAGAUUUCAACGAAGAGUUUGUCGAUCGACCACUCUACAAACAGACUCACCUCGACAUUGACGUGAACAACAAGUCCGACCGUAUAGAAUGGGGCCAUGCUCGAUACCACCAGAAAAUGAUUCCAGGACAUGCAUUCGAAAUCGUUGUCCAAUGGAUCACCGCGUCCGGUCCGAUAGUGAGUGAUUUGAUUCAGAUAUGGUCUCGUCGGGCACAAGGUUUUCAGCUGGUUUCCAUUCCAGCAGAUCCGCUGGCUGAGCCUUUCACGGAAAAAAGUGAUCCAUUGCGGGGACCUAUCUUCAUUCCACUGGAUAUCGAUUGUUUGAAGCAAAAACGAAGCUUCCUCUUUGAAGAGUUCAAAAAAGAGACGUGGCCAAAGCGAUUGCUGCUAUUUCAGGAAGCUAUUGUAGCCAGAUUUGGAUUUAUGCGUUGUGCGGUCGAGACAAAAACUGGGUCCAACCAGGUGUCCUUGGAUUAUCAGUACGUCCAUUGUACUGGAAACAUGUUCAUUCUGGUUCCGAACUCGAACCAAGGCCUGAAAUCCCGCCAAAGGUUGGCUUCCGGUGGAAGCACUAUGAAGAAGCCCACCAACUUCAUUAAUCGUUACUCGGCAUCCUACGAAUCACAGAUGCAGAAUAACAUCUCUUUCGCGGCACACGAAGCAUAUAUCACGCGCCAUGUGACGGGAAGUAAGACCAAAGACGAUUGCGACGCCAUCCGGAGGACGGGCUUUCUAUGGUCCUGGAAUCACAUGAUACCGAACAAAAAGUGGAAAUCGCUGGCGAUUGCCCACUCGGAGGAACUGUUCCAGCUGCGAAUGUUGCGUGAUUUCAAAGAUUUUUGCUCAAAUAAGGAACAAAGACUGGUGACCUUCUGGGACGAGUGUUGGGCGGCAAAGGAGAAAACUUCGAUGGCGCGAACCUGAAGCAGGGGUGAUUGAAAAAGAUACCAGGGAAGGUGAUAUUUGGAAGUGAGUUUCAUUUUUGUUCUGUUUUACUAUUGGAGAUUUAUUUAUCCGAUUAAAAAAAAGUCUGUACAAAUUACAGUUUAAAGUGCCGUUAUCGCGUUAAAUCAUUUGUUAUUUAAUUCAAUUUUUAAUGUAGAAUUAUAUAAAGCUAAGAGUCGAUUUCUCGCUUAACUUUUCAAAAGGUCCUAAGUAACAUUUUUUUCAUGAAUUAAUUUGAGUAGCGCAAUCAAAAGCUUUCAUGUUGUUCUGUCGAUUGCGCUAUUCAAAUUAAUUCAUGAAAAAAAUGUUACUUAGGACCUUUUGAAAAGUUAAGCGAGAUUUGUCUACACAAAUAUUAAAUUUGGAGAUAUAUCUAUCUACGAGAGAAAUUCCUUGUUCUACAUUAAAGCGUCACACAUUUAUUAAAUAAAAUGUUUUCGUAAAUUAUAUUAAGUUGCUAAUAGUAGCAAUAAAGUCACAGUUGAAAACUGUCAAAUAAGUAUCACAUUGCCACUAAAA